UGGGGCUGGGGGGGUGCCAGGCAGGAGGAGAGACGGGGGUCCCGCCCCAUGAGUUCCGUGAGAGAUCCCAGCACUGGACCCUCCACUCCUCCUCCUGGGGUCUCUGCGCGGCGGGCGCGGCAGGUGUGGGGACAUGAGCGGGGACAUGCGGGCCCUGCUGUGCCUCUGGCUGGUGGCCCAGGUGGCCCAGGUGGCCCUGUCCUCCCGGGUCCGCACCCGCCGGGAGCUGGGCCCCGGUUUGUACGAGCACGGCGUCUACGACGCGGGCGGCUCCUACUGCCAGCGGGGGGAUGUCUGCUGCCACGGCCGCGACGACGCCUGCACCGUGCCCUACCACGACACCCUCUGCUACUGCGACCUCUUCUGCAACCGCACCGUGUCCGACUGCUGCCCCGACUUCUGGGAAUACUGCCUGGGCAUCCCGGCGCCUUUCCCCAAAGCCCCAGGCUGUGCCCGUGCAGGACGCAAUUAUCCCAUGGGAGCCACGUACCGGGAGAACUGCAACCUGUGCACCUGCGGGCCCGGCGGGCAGUGGCAGUGCGAGGACCACGCCUGCCUGAUGGACGGGGAGCUGAUCGACGCCGUCAACAGGGGCAAUUACGGCUGGAGAGCCGCCAACUACAGCCAGUUCUGGGGGAUGACCCUGGAGGACGGGAUCCGGCACCGCCUGGGCACCUUCCGUCCCUCUCCCACCGUCAUGAACAUGAACGAGAUGCACAUGAACAUGGACUCCAACGAGGUGCUGCCACGUCACUUCGACGCCGCUGCGAAGUGGCCCGGGAUGAUCCACGAGCCCCUGGACCAGGGGAACUGCGCCGGCUCCUGGGCCUUCUCCACGGCCGCCGUGGCCUCGGACCGCAUCUCCAUCCACUCCAUGGGACACAUGACCCCCGCGCUGUCCCCGCAAAACCUCCUGUCCUGUGACACCCGCAACCAGCGCGGCUGCAGCGGGGGGCGCCUGGACGGAGCCUGGUGGUACCUGCGCAGGAGGGGGGUGGUGACAGACGAGUGCUACCCGUUCACGAGCCAGGAGAGCCAGCCGGCGGCUCCGCCCUGCAUGAUGCACAGCCGCUCCACGGGCCGGGGCAAGCGACAGGCGACAGCGCGGUGCCCCAACCCCCAGACCCACUCCAACGAGAUCUACCAGUCCACCCCCGCCUACCGCCUCUCCUCCAGCGAGAAGGAGAUCAUGAAGGAGCUGCUGGAGAACGGCCCCGUGCAAGCCAUCCUGGAGGUGCACGAGGAUUUCUUCAUGUACAAGAGCGGGAUCUACCGGCACACGCCCGUGGCCGAGGGGAAGGGGCCGAACCACCAGAGACACGGGACCCACUCGGUGAAAAUCACCGGGUGGGGAGAGGAGCAGCUGCCUGAUGGCCAGACCCAAAAAUACUGGACGGCGGCCAACUCGUGGGGCACGGCGUGGGGCGAGGGCGGCCACUUUCGCAUCGCCCGCGGCGUCAACGAGUGCGAGGUGGAGACUUUCGUGGUGGGGGUUUGGGGCCGCGUCAGCAUGGAGGACAUGCCCCACAAGUGAGCCCCCCGAUGUCCCUGUCCCCAGCGCGGCCCCGCAGUCGCAGCACGGCGGGCGGGGGGCUGGCGCUGUCACCUGUGUCCCCUGGCCGGGGGCUGCGUGUCCCCGCUGUGCUGACGCAGCGGCUGGGGGCAGUGGGGCGUGCGACGGGGGGUGCCCCGGGGGCUGCUCCCGUCUCCCAUGGGAUUUACCCGCUAAUCCCCCCGCCCCGGGCUCGGCUGGGCUGCGGUGGUGGCGGGGGGCUCUUCAAAGGCAGCUGCACCUCCCCAUCCCGGCUGGGGCUGUGGGAUUUUCCCCCUUUUCCCAAUGGGGGGACCCCCAUAUUCCUGCCCCUCCCGUCCUGGCCCCAGCAGCUCCCCCCAGCAGGGCGGUUCUGGAGCUGGGGGGGGGUGAAAUAAUCCAGCGGGGGGGUCCCCUGAGCCCCCAGGGCUGGGUGUCGCCAGGAUGGGGUCCCCACCGUCCCCCUCCAGCCCGUCCCUAUGGUGCUAUGGCCCUGCCACCCCCCCGGGGGACAGCAGGGACAAGGGAGGGCUCAGCCCCGUGGUGUCCCCCUCCUGGGGGGGCCACAAGUGGGGUCCACGCAGCCAGCACAGCCCAGGAACUCCCCCUCCACCCCAACCAAAGGGCUGUACUUUUAAGACUUUUUGUAUUUAUUUUGCUUUUUAUUGUUUGUAAAUAAAGUUAUGGAAGCCUCAGA